CUGCUUUUUAUUGUGUUGGCGGCAGAAUCCUAGCUGCUCUGUGCAGGCUGAUAUUUGUCUUUGUGAGCAUGUGCCUGUAGCUUUUCUUCAAGGAGCAAGCGCACACUCACACUCACACACACACAUGCCUGCACACACACAUAUAAUCAGCUCUCUCUCCUCUAAUCAGCGUCCCAGAGAGCACAGCCAGGUGACACAUGCCCGUCCAUGUGUACCUAACCCUCAUCAGCACGCCCAGCCUCCACGCUCAUUGGCUAUAAUUGGGUCAAGUCCCUCCUGCCUGCAUGGUGAUUGGGCAAAAAUAGGUCAGGGUCCACCUGCCUCUCCCCAUGUCACUGCCACAUGACUAUCCCAGUGAAACUUGGAAAACACAAACACAUUGAGGCAGGCAGCAUUGACAAUACAGCAGAGCCACAGCUAAAAAACCGAAAUAAAUAAAUAAAUGGUGCAGAGAAAAAACGCAGCAAACUACGGAGCUGAUUGGCUGCUCGGCACAUCUUGUUACAUGGAUGUAGCUGCUGCAGACUCCUCCUUUAUUCUCACUGCUGGAGAGGAAAAGAAGAAAAUAACCAAACACUUUUCCAUUGAUCAGGAAAUGGGGGAACUCCUGUCAUCUCCCCCUUUCCAGUGCAUCCUAUGCCAGCUGCGACCCAUCCUUGCCUGCUGAACUGCUGCUGAUCUGCCUGCUAGCUCCUUGGAGACAAUAUUCUGAUUUUUCUUUUUCCUUUUCUUUUUUUUUUUUUUUUUUUUUUUUUUUUUAAUCCUUGGAAGUCCUUCUGAUUAGAAACCGUUUACUGGCAGCACAUCUGGAGCAAAAGAAGACAUUCUAUAUAGGGAAUUGGCUUUGGUGGUCACUGUAUUCUUCAGAAAGGAUCAGAAGAGGAAAUGGCACGGCCAACAGCCCAGGUGGCUGGCAAUGAGAAGAUCCAGGGCCAACAGCAGCUGCAUCCCACGCCUCCUAUAGGGGUACCAGGGGCUGGGAUGGUGAGCCUAAAGAGCUUGCUACAAGGACCCAUCAAGGGGCAAGAUCGCAGGGCAAAGGACCUAUCUAAUUGUACUGUAAAAGAUAAAGAGAGAAAACUGGAAGACGAAAUGGCUGGACCUCGUCCUUCUCAUUGUGCAUUCCUUGGAUCACUUUUAUGGGAACGCACUUUGCCAUACAAUGAAAUAGAAUAUGUUGAUCUGGAUGAGUUCUUAUUAGAAAAUGGCCUACCCUCAAGCCCAUCCCACCAGCCUUUUUCACCAGCUAACUUGACUCCACCACCAUCUAACCAGUCAGUUGUUGACCUAAGUCGACCGGCCUCUUGCGCCUCUUCUACCUCCGCUUGUUCCUCUCCUGGGCAGAGCAUGAUGGGUAGUGAAUAUGAACACCCAAAUGGCAAAGCAGGUCAAAUUACUCCUGUAUCAAGAGAAAGUCCGAGUCCUGUUGAUCCAGAGUCAGUGGAAGUAAUGAUGAACUUUGACCCAGAUCCUGCUGAUCUUGCUUUGUCCAGUGUGCCAGGGCAUGAAACAUUUGACCCUAGAAAGCAUAGAUUUUCUGAAGAAGAACUUAAACCUCAGCCAAUUAUGAAAAAAGCAAGAAAAAUCCAGGUGCCAGAUGAAAUGAAGGAUGAGAAAUAUUGGAACAGGCGGUACAAAAAUAAUGAAGCUGCCAAACGUUCACGGGAUGCUCGUCGGCUGAAGGAAAACCAGAUAACAGUCCGGGCGGCCUUUUUGGAGAAGGAGAAUGCAGUUCUGCGCCAAGAGGUAGCCAAAAUACGCCAAGAACUUUCUCGCUACCGAAACAUUCUGUCAAAAUAUGAGUCUCAGCAUGGAGCCUUGUAAAGAACUGAGAAAAUGUGUAGCUGUCCCACCAGGUUGCACGAACUAACACAACUCCACGAGAAUCUACUCCCACAAUCCCUUCUUUUCUUUCCUGAAGAAAUGCUCUUAUUCACUCAUAAAUAUCACAAGAUUUAGAGGGCAUGAGAGACACAUGGAAAGCAGGCCACUGUACAACUUUUUUAUUGCCUUGCUUUCUUUCUUCGAUUUUCAGCAUUCCAUCUUGACCUCCUUUUCUGCAGGACAAAGGUGCUAUAGUGACUAAUAAACACUAUGGGGUAUCACCAGCGAUUAGGCAAAUAGGCAAGGAAAAGGAAGCCAAAGCUGAUUCCGAACACAGGCACCAUCCAAUACACCAGCCACCACGUAAAGGCCAAUCUCCUUGUAUCUGACAAUCCUUGCACACAGCUGUCUAGUAGCAUUGUAUUUUUUAUCAUUAUUCCAUCAAAGAAAGUUUGAUGGAUAUAGCAUGGAUGAAAAACCAUUGUAUAAAAAAAAUCUGUAAAUAUGUAAAAUGAAUAUGCUAAAUGAAAAGGUAUUACAAAUAUACAAGCAGGAAAGGGGUGAACAAAUUUCUUAAAAAUCUUGCGUUAGGCCUGCAGGGAUUUCAUGUUAUAAUAUCUAACUAAAGCAAGGAUGGACAGUCCUUCAGCAUCUUAGCUAUUGCAAUCUGCAUGCUCCACCUCUAUAAGCCAGACACUGACCACUACUGUGACAAAUGACAAAUGAGCACUAUUCAUUACUUCAUUGCUAGUAAUUACUAGGCCUAAAAUAACUAAACUGUAUGCAUGAAAACAAUAAUGGUGGUAUGCCCAUCAUGAUAAUUCUCUUAAAAGCCCAAGUAUAAUAGUAAAUAGUAGAAAAGUUUUUUGAGAACUCAAUGAAUUGAUAUCGUGCCAUACAUUAUAAAGAAAUUCAUAAUACCGUUUUUACCCACUUGACUUUAAAUUUGACAUUUGAAUACUGUAAAUCCAGGUAUGAAGUUUUUUGAGAACUAAGCUAAACCUUCCAUGAAGUGAAGAACACGAAAACUCUCUUAGGACUGUGUAAGAAAAGUAUCUUCUAUGGUAAAUGCACACUAGACGGAUUUGUUGCAGAUUUCAAGAGUGGAAAUUUGCACACAGAUAACAAUUCGAGCAAAAUAGAUGUGAUCUAUACAAAGCGGAAAAUUUGUGACUCAAACUGACUUGGUGUGGAUUUUUGAAAUCUAUUGUCAAUUCAUGUUGCAGAUUUUUCUUUCCUCAUUGAAAUCAAUAAGAAAAGUUAAAUCCGUACCAAAGCCGCAGAAUUUGUACUCCAACACCUGCAACCAUUAUAAAUAUCAUGCAAAUUUGCACCAAAUUCUUGCCGAAAAUAAUCCAUCUAGUGUGUACUUAAAAAGGUUGUCCUGAAUUCAAAAAAUAUUUUCACUAGAACAAAGCUAAGCAGCAAAAUAGGACAGCUUAUAGAUGACAAUGGCGCAGUUGAUAGGAGAAAAAGCAAACCUACCCCUUUUUUCUAACUCCAGGCAACCUGUCUAUUUUUUUGGAAGUCAAUAUACUAUCUAGAAGUCCCCAAAAAACCUUUCUGUUUCACCAUUAGUCAGUGGAUUUAACACACAAUUAUUCUAGGUAAACAUACUUCAUGGCUUUAUUCAAAUACAAUGCCUUUGUCACAAUUUUUGCUUUUUUUUGUUGUGUUUUUUAAUUAAUGAAAAUAUUUAGCAAAAAUCUUAGUGAAAAGCAUAAGCGAAUACAGCCUUAAUGGUUUUCAUUAAAUAUUAUAUAAAUAUUAAAUCAAAGAAGCACAAACUGAUUAUAUCAUCUUGUAGGUGAGGAGUAUUACUACAACGAUAUAAUUACUAAUGGGUUUAUCCAGUCCCAAUUGAUGAAUUAUAAAUAACUGGGUGUAAAAUGCUAAAAAUACAUAUGAGGUAUGCCAGUAUAUGGUCUGCCUUGAGCCUGAUUAUGUUUGAUAGCAUGUAUCUAUGCGCUUUAGAAAUACUGUGGCAAAUGAAUUAUUUCUCAUGUAAAUCUUGUUACCUAGAAGACCCAAUAAUAUAUAAUAUGAAAUAAUGUAUCAAUGUGGUUGAAUAACAGAUAAUUCUCCUUACUAAAUGCCCUUUUCCAUGGGCCAAUUAUUGGCUGAGUAAGCAUUUAUACAAACAUUCAUCCAGGAUUGGUCCAUGUAAGGUUGCUCUUACAUGUGACGGUAAGAGGUUGCAGCUGCCGCGUAUGUGUAAUCAUGGCAGUCAGCAGUUGGAGUUGCCGCUUUAAGCAGCAGCAAGUCUGCGUGCCGGCAGCAAUUAUUACAUGUACGCAGCAGACAUAGGUUCUUACCACAGUGAGGAAAAGCGUCCUGAGCACAUAUUUUGUGCAGCCAUUGUCACGCCCCCUCCCAUAGACUUGCAUCAAGGGGGCGGGGCUAUGAUGUCACAAGCUCCCGGCGUCGGCUCCAGCAGUCAGAACAGUUUGUUCGGAGUACCCCUUUAAUAUCUAUGAUUCAUCUUUAUAGCUUCCACAUGAUAGGGUAGGUCACUGCAAUAUUGCAAAGUGAACAGAAGGUCAUCCUCUCCUACAAGUACAGAUGUUAAGAUGGUUAACACUAUUACCAGCCAUAGAUUGGGAAAUUAGCUUUUUUUGUGUAUACAUUACUAGCAAGAAAACUACCUAACACAAAAUGUAAAGCAACAUAAGACCGGCUAAUAAGAUGUUUGGUUAUCUUACAUUUACACUGCCUAAGGAGUCCCUGUCAUUUAACAACAUCUAACAAACGGUGGGGGUCAGAACAUCCAGACAGAUCAGAAAUUUUGACAUGUCUUUGAAAAGUUUUGUAAAUGACAGAGACACUUUACGCAUUUUGCAUCUUUUGCACUUUAAAAAACACAAAAUAUAAAGUCAUUCAUAGUUAUAUCUACAACAACCACCUUCUUGAGCAUUGAGAAAUUUCAGAAAGCAUUCGUUUUACUAAGAUGUGUCCCAUGAAAUUUCCAAAAAUUUUCAGUUUCUCCUAACAGAUUAGAUGUUGCUUAUAGCACUCUGUUCCUAGAUAUCAUCCAAGAGACUUUAAAAUAGUAUGUGAUAAAUCUCUGCAAAAAUCUGUACAAUAAUGGUUGCCCUGUAGCUCCUAUACAGAGGCUACCGGGGAGCACCACAAGAGCCUGCUGCCUUGAAGUGCCGCCACAGGGGUAGAACAGCCCGCUGAUUUUGGAUUGAAGUUUUUUCUAAUGUUGGACGAAGGGCCAGCAUUUUGAAAAUUCUGACAACCUCAAUGAACCAAGUUGGUAUUAAUACGUUACUGCACGUGCAAUAUCUUAUUCCCUGCAGUUUACCUUGGCAUGGCUGUGUAUCCACAUAGUGUAAUGUAAAUGAGUGUUACAGCCAAGGCCUAAAUUUAUGGACAGAAUACAGAGGAGGGAUAUUUGUAAAACUGUGGGAUAAACCACAUGUCACUAAAUUGAAAACCAUCAUGUUAUAAACACUGUGGAUAACUGAGACUGUAUGCCCGGGUCCAAACUACACUUUACUAGACUUUGGAAAGAGUUUUUAAGGGCACUUAAGAUAUUACAAUUUUUUUUAGUCUAUCAAUUUUACCUAUGUGCUACUCAUUUAGAUGAUAUAUCAUGGGUUUAUAUAGGAGUCUGCAUUUGGCACUUUAUGUAGUUUUAUAGGCCCACACUGGUAAUUUGGCAACUCUAGUACUCUGAAGGGCUGAUUGUUGGCAGGCUGGUCUUGGCCCUGACACCCUUUUAUAAAUGGGUCUCAAAGACUUCACAUUGAACAUUUUGGUCCUGCUUUUUUAUGGUAAUCUUGUGCCCUAUUCUUUGUACUCACAAAGUGUAUCAUGAAAUUGUCCUUUUAGCUGAAGAACUUUUUAUGUCUGUUUGAGUCUGGCCUGGAUCAUGUCCUCCUUCUCCCCUUUUGAAAACCUGAAAGACAAAGAAUUCCUCUACAUGAGGGCUUGUUGUGUGUAUGGACUGUGUGUGCUUUUAUCUGUGAUUUGCACUAGUUUAUAAUGGAUACAAAAUAAUGAUUAUAGUUAUUGGUGUUUCCACUUUUCAAAUAUAAAUAGAGCAUGAUUUUUUUUUCUAAAAUAAUGUUUGCAUUUUAUAGAUACUUUCUAUAUUUACAGAAGUCUCAGAUGUACUUGUCUUUAAAUGGCAAGACAAAAAAUAUAUUUGACUCGAUUUUUUUUGUUUUUUUUGCAAGAGGCACUUUUAAAAACUAUUGUACGUGGUUGUAGGUGGAUGCACCUUAUGCACUAUUAACAGUUGUCAUAGAGAAUCACUUGGUGACAAAUAUGAAAUUAUUGAUAAGUACUUUACAAUAAGAAUUUAGCUCUGUUGUAUGUCAAUGACUUACCCUUGUGAUAACUGGAAUUACUGCAAUAACAAGCGAUAGAUUUUAUUGCACAUUUACUGUAGUCCCUACUUUUGAUACUUAUGAUAACCAAACAAUCCACAACCCUGGGUGCCUUAUUGUAUGGUACAGAUUGUAUGAUGGUCUAAAGUAACCUUUAUGUCUUCUCCCCCUAUACAGACUGCAUUUAAUAUGAUUAUAUAUAUAUAUAUAUAUAUAUAUAUAUAUAUAUAUAUAUAUAUAUGGAAAUGCAGUAAAUUGACAUGCUAUAAAGCAAGUUCUGGGAAGACAGAUGGGGGACAAUGUAGAGAUGUGAGCACCCCCCUGUGCACAAAGCUUAACUAUGUUACCAUACAAUGUGUUAAGUAAACUCUCUUUUUUUUAUUUCAAUGCAAAGCCACACAGUAGAGCAUGUAUGUUUUAAGUCUCUUUAUACAGAUGACUAAUGUAAUCUUUAUUAUCAUGCAAAUGCCUGACAGUAUCAAUGAUUAGUAUGAGGGGGACUCCUAAGUUUCACUAACUGCAACUUAAAUCAGUGCUGGGACCUGUUCCAUUUCUACAUUGGUAGGGGCCCCAGCUGCAGGGCUUCCACCAAUGUGACCCCUCUGUUGUGUAUUUUUAUUUUCAGGGGAAAGCCUAUUAGUAUAGAUAGGUAGUCUCUAGAACAAAAAAAAGACCAAGUGCUUCCUUGGAUAGUAUUUCCAAAAAGGGAAUUGACUCUGUAAGGAACCAAUCAAAGGUUCUCCCCCUUGUUAGUAAGAUCUAAAGAAAGGGCUUGAACCCCAUAAAAAAAAAAAAUAUUUUAAAGGCUAUGGACACCUUUUUGAAUUUAAAAACAUUUGUAACCUCCCCCUGCUGGUAUCUAACCAUACACUUUCAAUAACAGUCUGCCAAACAUUUAUUCAGCCAGCCGUUAUUUCUCUUGACCUCAUUGUACACAUAAACAUUUGGCAUGGCAAAACAUUUGUUUCCUCUAUGGGGAGGGGUAACAAUAGGGUCUGGAGGUAAAAAUUCAACACUUCCAGCCCUUUUUUCAACUGACAUCUGUCAGUGGAGAGUCGGGAAGCCGCUAUACAUUUUAGAAAUUUUGUCAAACUGCUGAAAUCGACAGAUUGAGGAGAGCCAAGCCUGUUGAAGUCGGCAGACCUUAGUCUAAGGUAUCUGUGCACAUUUACGAUGAGAGAUCAGGAAGUCCAUCAGACUCUGAUAGACUUUUGUGAUCUUUCUCUCAUUAGCAGCUACAUGGUAGGACAUUUCAAAUGAAGAAUAAUUACAAAGUUGCUUAAUUUUGCAUUCAGAAAACAAAUCAUCAAAAUAAAAAAAUUAAAAAUCAGUGCAAAGCUGUCCAUAGCCUUUAGAGAAUCAUUGGUGAUAAACUUCCCAUCUCGAGAAAUUGGAAAGUUCAUUAUCCUGGUUCAUUCCUUUUGAGCAUCUUGGACACUGGCUAUAUAGUUAAGAAAUUGAAAUAUUAGCAUCUGUGUAACAUAUCUUAAAACAUUUUUCUGUUCUAUUUCUCCAUUUGUUUUAUUCUGCACCAUGAAAAAAUAAAAUCUUGUGUUGCUGUAUGGAAGCUAUCAGUAAGCUAUUGUGAAUGUGUUUUUUAAUGUGUUUAUAUAUUAUUUCAAGUACAUAACUUUGUGCAGUUACAAAUGGAAUGUGAGUCUGACUGUCUUAACCUCUUAACACUCACCUCCAGGGCCAUAUUUGCCACAAAGGCCAGCGCCUAGGACAAGAGUGUUAAGGGGCAGCAACACUUGAGAGUAAAAAACAAUAGAUACUCUUGACGUAGCUGUGCAAUCACCUGAAUGGGGUUUAGGAGUUGUAAAUAUGGCGCUGCUCACUGCAUUAAGAAUAAAUAACCAGUGCAAGUAUUAAAUCCUGCUUGUUGAUGGGUUCCAGAUAGUAACAGGAGAAAUGUGUAGAAUUUGUUGUUAUAUUACACACAUACAAUUGAAUGUUUGGGCUUGUUGGAAAAUGUUGGAAAUCAUUGUGCCUCAUUUAUAAAAUCAGGUGAAAUUGAGAAGUUACCCAGAUCAAACCAAUGGAAAAAUUAGAGCCGUAAUCUCAUUGGCCACCAGUUUUUAUAGAUGAUGAAUAAUGCGUUUAUUACAUUUUUAAGUUAGUUGUUGUUAUGGGAAAUGCUUGAACCAAACUGAAAACAAAGAGGUGCAGUAUUUUAUUAAUCCACACAUUUUAACAUUUUUAAACAUCAUUUUAAAUUCUUAUUUUUAUCUCUAAUUCUUGUUCAAAACCCAUCAAAAAGUAGAAACAUGGUCACAGGGCAAUUAAUCUUAUGGUUCUAGUGGUUUAGGGUGCCUGCAUGUUAAAAUGCUAUAUAGCUGUGUCCUGUUCCAAUGUGUGGACAGUAGGACAAAUAAAAGUUCUCAGGGAAACUGAGGGCCACAGAAAAAACAGCCUUGAACUAUUACAAUAACCUCUGUGAUAUCUUUGACAUUUCUAACUGUAUGCCUAUUGAUGUACUUGAAACUAUAACUGCUAGUUUAUAGGUGGCAUAGUUUUCCCUCAUAAUACAAUCUUAAUGCUUUUUGGUAUCUCUGCAUUGUAACCAUUAAAUACUGAGAACAUGUGACACUCUACACAAGGGCACCAGUGAUAUGGAGUUCAAGUACAUCUAAGUUUGCAUACCUCUUGCCCUUAUAUCUAGAUCUUCAUAGUGAGGAUGGUGUUAGUACUGAUAGUGCUGAUGGUGUAAAGGAGACCUACAAGAAGAAAACUUAAUAAAAGGCUCUUACUCAAAGUGUAGACUGUGAUGGUGCUAAUGAUGUAAAGGAGACCUACAAAGAAAAAACAUAAUAAAAGGUUAUUACUGCUAUGGUGAAACCAUUUAAUAUCUUCUUUUCUGAAUUAUGGUAAGAAAAUGGCAGCCCAAAACCUGAGGCUGCACUAUAGAGACAUGGGGGAAAUUCAUAAAAAGUGACUAAUCCUUAACUUAGACUCUGCAAAUGCACCAGAUUUUUAAAAGUGUUGCAGACUGUUUAAACAUCGGAUGCACCAUGUUUAAUUUAGCUUAUUUUUUUUUUUUUGUUUUUUUUUUUGCCUAUUUGUUGGCAUACUUUUGGGGCAUUCCUUGGCACAUUUGAAGCCACGCUUCCCUAUAUGCAAAGCCACAUUUACUUUUUGCUAGGUCCUUUUCCCUGCGAGACAGAGUGCAUUUGUUCAGACAUUGCUUUUAAAACCUUCUUUUGUACCAAAAGAAACUGCAGUUUUUUGGCAAUUGUGAGGUACAAAAGAUUACCAAAAGUCUGCCAUAUUUUUCCAGUUAUUGAGUCCAAUGGAACUGAAUGGGAAAACUGCUUGUAUUGCAGACAUUGUAUUAUUUAACAGUUGUUAUUGUAGCUGUUAUUAAAAUAUGGUUAUGUAAAAUUGUUUUUGGUGCAAACCCCACCGAAUUUCUGGUGCAUUUAAAAUAAUAAAUCUUCGUCAAUGUCACACAGUUACCCGAUUGCAUUCACAAGGGGACAUGUUGUCAUAAGAACUUGCUUCAGGCAAGUUUCAUAUCUGUAUACUAAAGAGCCUUUUGUAAAUUCUCCUCUAGUAGAUCUCCUUUAAGUACUUAAUUCAAAACAACGUAUCAUGUUUAGUGCUCUCAUAAUGCCUUCACCUGUCACCAGGUAUCUACCAUAUUCAUGAACAGAUAUUGAGUUGUAUGUAACCCUCUUUAUCUCACUACCGUUCACGCACCACUGAUUCUAUAUUUUAGGUGUAAAAGAGUUACCUGGAUCACUUUACUUUUUUGUUUAACUAAGCUGCCAAAUGACGGUUAUAUUUAGCACAAGAUAAUAUAUUCAGAGAAGAGAACAAUAUAUAUAUAGAGAGAGAGAUAUAAUAUAGAUGUAUAGAUAUAUUUAUUUUAUCAUUCAAGAAUUAUAUUUGUAAGCAAUAAAGGUUACAGAUGUGGGUCAUGUUUUUCCUUUAAGAUAAAGAUGUAUGGUUUGGUGCUUGUGUCUUGUGUUUUUUCCUUUGCUGUUGUUAUUGCUGAAGAAUAUUGUGGAUGGAGCAUUUUGUACCAAUUAUUGAAACCUUGUAAUACAUAGUAAAGCUUAUGUGUUUUGUGUU